UUUCAGAGCGCAUGUGAUGCUCAGAACUUGAAUCUGGAGACCUCCUUGACUCUGCCGACUACAUCCGAGUGUGGAUCAAGUUCUGGUUGUCUGGAAAUUACCAAACCAAGCUGGAUAUUCAAAGAUGUCUACCUCACAUGUAUCGUUGAGACAGACUACUGCAGGGAUGUGAGCUUCACCCAACUAACUGGACCUCCAUUUUCAAUUCCUAAUCAACCAGCAGUGGUUACCGAGACUACUUCAUCCCCUCUAAUGGUUGAACCCAAUGAACGGAUUGUAAUUCGUGCUGAGAUAAUAUCUGGCGCAUCUGUAGUCGCAGUGUCAUGGCAUCAUGGCACAGUUUCAUACCAUCAGCACAUCAGAGAGGAUCCCUUUUGUAAUGAGGACAGCUGUGUGAGAGAUAACGAUCCUCGAAGUGAUAUUCUAAGGAGUAACCGUGUUCGCACAUAUCUUGCAGCUCGUGCAAUGAGCACAGAGUGUGCUGGUUCAUCACUCUACAGUCUGGAGACAUAUCUGAUAGUUGACAAUGCUACAGAGAGUGAUGCCGGGACCUACCUGGUCAAUGUAACUACACCUCAAUACAAUGAGCCUGAGACUGAACAAGUCAAUGUUACCAUCGAUCCAGCGGUAGACUGCACUCCCAGUCCUCUGGAAGAUGUUAUUGCAGCAGUCUGUUCCCAUUCCCGUGAGGAAGGAGUGCAGUUUAGGAAUGAAACAAGAUCAAAUCACGGCAUCUUCAGCGAAGCUACUGACACUUUCGCGGUUGCUUCGCUGUUUUCACCAGCUAUUGCGACUGUAAGGUGUCAGUCAUCUUGCACGAAUUUUGGUCGGGGGGACGUGACUUGGUGUGUGAGGAUAGCCGACGUAAACAGGACCAUUGAGACUUGUUUAUCUCUGGAUGAUAACAACACUCCAGUUUUUCAGAGCACAUGUGAUGCUCAGAACUUGAAUCUGGAGACCUCCCUGACUCUACCAACUGCAACAGAGUGUGGAUUUUCAGAACCAGCCUGCCUUGGACUCCGUAACAUCAACUGGGUUUUCAAAGAUGCCUAUCUUACAUGUAUCGUUGAGACUGAUAACUGCAGGGAUGUGAGCUUCGUCCGAUUAAUUGCAACAAGGGGUGCCUCAAAUGAACCUCCAGUGGUUGCUGAGAUUACUUCCUCCCCUCUUAUUGUUGAACCUAAUGAGAAGAUUGUGAUUCGUGCAGAGAUUCUAUCCAGUACACCUUCUGUCAUAGUGUCAUGGCAUCAUGGCACAGUUGCAUACCAUCAACACAUAAGAGAGGAUCCCUUUUGUGAUGAGGGCAGCUGUGUGAAUGAUACUCAUCCCGAUACUCCAAGGAUCCGGAGUAACCGUGUUCGCACAUACGUAAUAACUCGUCGUAUAAUCACAGAGUGUGUUGGUUCAUCACUC